AUGGCGCCGUCUAAUCCUCUAGCUAACUGGGAAAGGCUCGGGUCUAGCUUCUACCGAAAAGUCCCUUUAUACCACUCGGUAUUCGGUGAGGAUGUUGAGCUGGAGAAUUACAUUGUUGCCGGCGCUCCGUACGGAGGGGCUAUUGCUCUGUAUCGAGAUGAGAGUAAACCUCUAAGGUUUCGCGACGCUCAGACCGGCAAGUCGAACAUUGAUAUUUACUCUCGGUCCGGGAAGUUGAUCAACCGGCUUAAUUGGGAGCAUGGGACGAUAAGGGGGCUCGGAUGGUCUGAUCAAGAGGAACUGCUGGUGAUCACAGAAGACGGUACUGUUCGGCGCUACUUUGGUUUGUACGGUGACUUCACCUCGUUUUCUCUCGGGAACGGAGCAGAGGAAUAUGGAGUUAGGGCGUGCCGAUUCUGGAACUCCGGCUUUGUUGCCUUGCUGGCUAAUAACCAGCUGAUUGCUGUUUCCAGCUAUAACGAGCCACGACCAAGGCUCCUAGCACAAUGUCCGGAAGGAGAGGUUGCUUCGUGGUCUCUCAUUCCACCAGCUUAUACGUUAUCCCGCUCUGUUGAGGUUCUUCUUGCUGUUGAUAAGACGAUCUACCUCGUCGAUCCUACGGAGGCUGAGGAUAAAGUGCUCCAAAAUGGACCUUUUAAGCAUGCGAGCGUGUCGCCCACGGGCCAAUUUGUUGCUCUUUUGACAGCUGAAGGGAAGGUCUGGGUGGUGAGCAGCGACUUCCAAAGCAAGUACAGUGAGUACGACCCGGACUCGCGGGUCACUCCCCGAGCUGUGGAAUGGUGUGGCAACGAUGCCGUUGUUAUUGCUUGGGAAGAUGAGGUUCACCUUAUAGGGCCUAAUGGUGCAGCUGCACGGUAUUGGUACGACGGGACUGUUCACGUGUUGCCGGAAUUUGACGGCGUUGGCCUACUCACUAACGAUACAUACGAGUUUUUGCACAAAGUAUCAGAUGUUACUGAGACUAUUUUUCGUCUUGGGUCAACAUCGCCGGCGUCAGUCCUGUUAGACUCUAUCGACCUCCUGGAGAAGAAGUCUCCCAAAGCAGAUGAUAAUAUCCAACGGAUCAAACCGAGCCUACCAGAAGCUGUUGAUAUGUGUGUUAAGGCAUCUGGCUUAGAAUUCGACGCUUACUGGCAGAAGCGACUGCUGAAAGCAGCGUCCUUUGGAAAAUCAGUUCUUGACUUGUACAACAGCGACGAAUUUGUCGAGAUGACCGAGAAAUUACGGGUUCUGCAGGCCGUGAGAGACUUCCAAAUAGGACUCGCUGUUUCAUAUGACCAGUAUAUGCGCCUGACAUCGGAGAAGCUAAUUGAGCGUCUCGUGAACAGAAGGAACUAUCUACUUGCUAUCCGGAUAUCAGAAUACCUCCAGCUACCUGCUGACAAAAUAUACGUCCACUGGGGAAGCUCGAAGGUCAAGGUUUCUACAGUCGACGACGAAGCUGUCUGCAAGCUCAUUGUGCAAAGACUUGACGGAAAGCCAGGGAUAUCCUUCGAGGCCAUCGCACAAGCGGCUUACGAUGAAGGCCGCUCACACCUCGCAACCCAGCUUCUAAACCACGAACCGCGGGCCGGUAAGCAGGUUCCGUUGCUUCUGAAUAUGGAAGAGGAUGAGAUCGCACUGGACAAAGCUCUACAGAGCGGAGAUGACGAUCUUGUUAACUACGUUCUUCUUCAUUUGAAGAGCAAACUUCCUAUCGCAAGCUUCUUCAGGAUGAUCAAUACACGGCCAAUGGCGUCUGCACUUGUGGAAACAACCGCUCGGGAGGAAGAUCCCGAGUUGCUAAAAGAUCUGUUUUACCAGGAUGAUCGACCCUUGGACGGGUCAAAUGUGCUUCUUUCGGAUGCCCUGAAAGAGAGCGACUUGCCGCGCAAACAAGAAAAGCUUCUACUCGCUUCUCGACUACUUUCGGACUCUAAAGACCCGACAUUGGUAUUACAUCGGAACCUGUUAAAUGAGUCGUCACAAUUACUUAAAACACAGGAAGCUCUGGACAAAGACCUGGCGGAACGAUCUGAAUUCCUUGGCCUGAGCUUGAAUGAGACUGUCUACAGGCUGAUCAGAUCAGGGUACGGUAGGCGAGCACAAAAGAUCCAAAGCGACUUUAAAAUGCCAGAGAGGACGUAUUGGUGGUUGAGACUACGAGCGCUAGUAGCGAAGCGUGACUGGGGAGAGCUGGAAGAGAUUGGCAAGAUCAAGAAGUCACCAAUAGGAUGGGAGCCUUUCUAUAACGAAAUUUUAGGAGCUGGAAACACAAAGCUGGCUUCCGUCUUCGUCCCAAAAUGCACCAAUCUACCCGCGGAGGAAAGAAUUGAGAUGUGGGUGAAAUGCGGAAUGAUUGUAAAGGCUGGAGAGGAGGCCUUCAAGGCAAAAGAUAUCAAUACCCUUGAGCUUCUCCAAGCCAAGGCCUCGGGGCCGUCUGCCGUCGAGAUAGGCCGGAUGAUUAACCAGCUACGGCCGAAGAAAUGA